AUGAUGGGAACGGGAGCAUUAGCAUAUACCCUGGGCCUAAGGCAUGCUGUUGAUGCAGAUCAUAUAUCCGCCAUUGACAAUGUUACAAGGAAGCUGUUGAGCAACAAACAACACCCAGUUUGUGUUGGACUUUUCUUCUCUUUGGGCCACUCAACCGUCGUCUUUAUCACUUCCAUCAUUAUUGCGGCUACUGCCAACGCUGUCGCGAACAGCGUUGAAGAUUUCUCCGAAAUUGGCGGUUUGAUUGGUACCAGCGUCUCUAUCACCUUUCUUUUCCUUAUCGCAACCUUGAAUUUAAUAUGUCUCAUCAGUAUUGUCAAAACCAUGCGAAAAGUCAAACGAGAAGGCACAUAUACAGAAUUGGAUAUAGAAGAUUAUCUGAAUCGACAAGGUAUUCUGGGACGCUUUUUCCGCCCUGUCUUCAAAUUUGUGAACGCGUCAUGGAAGAUGUACCCAUUGGGUUUCUUGUUCGGUUUGGGAUUUGACACAGCUUCGGAAGUGACAUUAUUGGGUAUUACAGCUGUUCAAGGUGCACAAGGGAUGUCGAUGUGGUUGAUUAUCAUACUUCCGUUAUUGUUUGCUUCAGGUAUGGCUUUGAUUGACUCAUUGGAUAGCUUUUUGAUGCUCUUUACAUAUACUUGGGCCUAUGUCAACCCCAUCAGAAAAAUGUUCUAUAAUUUAACAAUCACAUCCAUCAGUGUGAUAGUGGCUGUCAUUGUAGCAUUGAUAGAGCUAUUUUCAUUGAUUGGGGAGCAGCUCGAAUUAGACAACGGUUGGUGGCAAUUCUGGUACUUCUUGGCUGAUAGUUUUGAAUACAUUGGUAUAAUCAUUGUGGGGGCUUUUAUAAUAACGUGGGUUAUAAGCGCGAUAGUCUAUCGUAUGAUGGGAUAUAGAGAUUUGGAAAAGGAGUUCGACAAUGUAGAAGCAGGAAAAUUGAAGAUCCAGUCUGGUGCCACUAAUGUGCUGGAAAAAAUUGAGGAGGGAGAGGUGAAAAAGCCCCAUCAGUUUGAACAUAAGCCCGAGCAAAUUUAA